UUGCUGUUCCAACCAUUUCAAGUCCUAAUCGCAUCUCUCUUAUAAAAAGUGGCCCUAAAUAUUCUUGGACAGAAUUUUCUCAACUCUAUAAAGAUUACUAUACGAUUAAAUACGAAUCUUUAUCCCGAAAAAUCCAUGGAUCUGAUAAAGAUGUUCUUAAUAAACUCGCAUCUGCUAAAGAAAGAUUUUCUGCAAGAGUUAAUCUUACAAUAUCAAAUGUUGCAGGAUACUAUGCACCAAUUAUUAUAGGUAGUCAAAAAUUUGACGUACUUUUCGAUUUAGGAAGUGCUGAUUUUUGGGUUCCUUCCUCGAAUUGUACGCAUUUUGCUUGCGCAAGUCGUAGAAAGUUCAACGAAAGUUUGUCGAAAACAUUUACGCUCAUUGGUGAUCCCUUCACAAUUGGAUAUGUAGCUGGCAGUGUCAGUGGUAUUACCGGGAUGGAUAAUCUUUUAUUGGGCGGGAUAUCUAUAAAAAAUCAAACAUUCGGUCUUGAACUUUCAGAUGGUGUGUUUGCACCACUAGAUUUUGAUGGUGUUUUGGGUAUGGGUUUUGACAGUCUUAGCCAAAUAAAAACCAGAACUCCUUUUUCACGCAUGGUUGAACAAAAGACUGUUAAAAAUCCUUACUUUAGUUUUUAUCUUCAACGACCAAAUGAUAAGGCUGAUGUGGGAGAAUUAACUAUUGGUGAUAUUGAUGCGACUAAAUUCAUUGGAAAACUUAGUUAUAACAAAGUAUCUGAUUUUGACGGUAAAUACUUAUUUUGGAUAAUUCAUCUAGAUGAUGCUUCUAUUAAUGGUAAUAAACUUAACUACACAAAAAGAAAGGCUUUGUUUGAUUCAGGAUCACCUUUAGUAUUUAUGCCACUUGAUGAUGUUAAAGAAUUCCAUAGCCUCAUUAAUGGAUCACAUUCAGAUGAAAGUGGAAAGUUUUAUGUGCCCUGUAAUAUGACAGACCAAGUAGCAUUUAUAUUUGGCGGAAUCAGUUAUAAUAUUGAACCGUCAGACCUGAUCGGUGAAAAAGAUUCGUUUGGUUGCAUGUCUGCAGUUCAAAAUGCUGAUUUUGCGGGUGUCAAUACAUGGCUUAUUGGAGAUCCAUUUCUAAGAAAUGUUUACUCUGUGUAUAAUAUAAAAAAUUUUACGAUUGGACUUGCACAUAUACCUAAAAAGCAUAAUUAA